AUGAGAAUCCUAAAUCUACUGAUGUCUGUUGUGGUUUCCUGUACCCUGGCUGAUAUGAGCUCCUCUCAAGUACUGGAAUUUAUAAGCAAUCUGGUCAGACUCCAACCAGACCUUCUUAAGUUAGUGGUAAACCUGGUUCUCUGUGAAGAGAGUGAUGAACUAGUUGCUGGAGCUCUUAAUCUUCACUACUCAACUCAACCACAUCUUAAGAUUAAACAUUUGCUGAAUUUAUCUACUCAAAGUCUGGAUGAUUCAACAAUAAUUUUUUGCAAGACUCCAAUUCAGGAGAAAGUUAAUGCUAAUAAAGCCUUUGCCAUUUUUGACACAUCUGCAGAAUGGUUUAUUUCAAGGUUUAUCAUGGAAGGAGAAGGAAACAGCAAAUUUCUAGUUAAAAACAAUGUUGAAAUAUUAGAAAUCAAAACCUUAAAGUCAGUGUCUGACAGUGUUACCCUACAUUUACCAAUAAUUCCACCAUCAAAGAAUAAUAGGGAAGCUCAGCGUAACCUUUAA